UUCUUCAGGUUUCUCCGGAGGUGAUGAUGAUCAUGCGAAACAUGAUGCCUAACUUCAUCUGAGAAUGAAAAAAAUGACGCCAAACCGAGCCGGGCCAUGCCAUGCCAUCCCUGUCGUGUUCUUGCCAGUAGGGACUUGGCGCCAAGCUCCAAGUGCUUGGACUGGUUUCAAAGCCUAACAUCAAACAGAGGUAAGAAAUGGAAAAACACCCAAAAAAUUGUAAAUCAUUGUUUUCCAAUAAGGUCGUUGAAUUAUUCUCUCUUACUGACUCUUGCAAUAUUCUUUCCACCUGCCUUUCAGUUAGCCUACCUCACUUUGAAAUUUGAUCCCAUUUUAAUGUUAAUUAUUCCCAACCUCUUUAAAAAUUACAUUUCAAAAAUUUCUAAGACCCAUGAAGUCGAAGAACCAAUCAUACAUUUUGAUGCAAUACCCAAAACUACUACCAAGUGAGGCGCCACCAAGGCAACAAACAACCAUACGUGCGCGAGGGUGACGCUCCACCAUGGCCGCGGCGACCACCGGUGCAAGCGACACGUCGCCGUCGUCGGCGGAGCUGCCAUCGCCGGCGUGCACGGAGGAGCUGGCGCCGCCGCAGAAGGUCGUGAUCUUCGCGAGCCCCGGCGCGGGCCACCUCAUCCCGCUGGUGGAGCUCGCGCGUCGGCUCGCCGUGGACCAGAGCCUCGCGGUCACGGUUGUCACGCUCACCGGCAUGUCCAACCCGGCAACUGACGCCGCCGUGCUGUCCUCGCUGCCAGCCUCCGUCGCGACCGCGGCGCUCCCUGCUGUUUCCCUCGACGACCUCCCGCCGGACAUCGGCUUCGGUACCCUCAUGUUCGAGCUCGUCCGCCGCUCGCUCCCGCACCUCCGCGCGCUCAUGUUGGGCCCCAGCAGCGGCCCGGUGACCGCGCUCGUAUGCGACUUCUUCGGAACCUCGGCGCUGCCGCUCGCCGCCGAGCUCGGCGUGCAGGGGUACGUCUUCUUCCCCAACAGCUUCGCCCUGAUCUCCAUCAUGCGCCACAUCGUCGAGCUCCACGGCGACGCCGCCCCUGGCGAGUACCGCGACCUCCCGGACCCGCUCCCGCUCUCUGGCGGCCCCGUUCUGCGCCACGCCGACCUCCCAGACGGGUUCCGGGACCGGACGGACCCGGUCUACGCCUAUCUCGUCGAGGAGGCGCGGAGAUACGGCCGCGCCGACGGAUUCUUGGUGAACAGCUUCGAGGAACUGGAGAUCGCCAUGGCGGAAAAGUUCAAGCGGCACGCCGAGGGCGGCGCGUUCCCUCCGGUGUACCCUGUGGGGCCCUUCGUCCGGCCAAGCUCCGGCGAAGAAUCCGAUGAGUCGGCGUGCUUGGAGUGGCUGGAUCGCCAGCCGGAGGACUCGGUGGUCUACGUCUCCUUCGGCACCGGGGGCGCGCUGUCUGUGGAACAGACGGCCGAACUCGCCGCCGGGCUGGAGACGAGUGGCCACAGAUUUCUUUGGGUCGUGCGCAUGCCCAGCCUCGACGGCAACCCCUGCGCCUUGGCGACGAUCCCCGGCGCCGAGGACAAUCCACUGGCGUGGCUCCCCGAGGGGUUCUUGGAAAGGACGAGGGGCCGGGGCCUCGCCGUCGCGGCGUGGGCGCCGCAGGUGCGCGUGCUGUCUCACCCGGCGACGGCGGCCUUCGUGUCUCACUGCGGGUGGAACUCGGCGCUGGAGAGCGUGGCGGCCGGCGUGCCGAUGGUCGCGUGGCCGCUGUACGCGGAGCAGAAGACGAACGCGGCCAUCCUGAACGAGGUGACCGGCGUGGCACUGCGGCCGGCGGCGUACGGCGACGGCCUGGUGGCGCGCGAGGAGAUCGCGGCGGCGGUGAGGGAGCUCAUGGAGGGGGAGAAGGGAAGCGCCGCGCGCUCCCGGGCGAGAGAGCUCCGUGAGGCUGCUGCGCGGGCGUGGUCGCCGGAAGGGUCGUCGCGGCGGGCGCUGGGGGAUGUUGCAGGCAGGUGGAAGGCAGCAGUUGUAGACGGGAACGGAAGGAUCGGAUGACAUGAUUUGUUUUCUUCCACCAUGGCUUCAUGAUCAAGGGACAGAAACGGAACUAUGGGUUUGUAACGGCUUCGGAUGCUCAAGCAACUUUGGCCGUGGCUCCUCUCGUGGAGUGCUUUUCUAGUGGAGCUGAAACUUUUUUAUAAAGUGUUUCGCAAAACUUCUUCUCUAUAUGUUUCUGUUGAUUCGAGGAGAUUGGGUUGAA